AAAUCCUCCCUGGCUCCGGAGUACCCGACACCGCCUCUAGGGCCGCCCCUCGCUCUUCUCCAUGCCAUUAUCCCACCAAGCUCCAGGGGGCGACCGCGAGCCUUCGGGGAGCUCGGAUCGCGACUGGUUGCGGCCAGGACUCCGUCCAAUCAGCGGAGAGCGACGCUCCUUCUUGAGGAAGUGACGCGCUCGGAACUCAUUGGGGGCGGUGGGAGCGAUGCGGACGCUGAGACGCUGGUAGUGGCCCUGUGAAGAUGGAGUUUCCCGGAGGAAAUGACAAUUACUUGACGAUCACUGGGCCCUCGCACCCCUUCCUGUCAGGGGCCGAGACCUUCCAUACACCAAGCUUGGGCGAUGAGGAAUUUGAAAUCCCUCCUAUCUCCUUGGACUCUGAUCCCUCACUGGCUGUCUCAGAUGUGGUUGGGCACUUUGAUGACCUGGCAGACCCCUCCUCUUCACAGGAUGGCAGCUUUUCAGCUCAAUAUGGGGUCCAGACAUUGGACAUGCCAGUGGGCAUGACCCAUGGCUUGAUGGAGCAAGGCGGGGGCCUCCUGAGUGGGGGCUUGACUAUGGACCUGGACCAUUCUAUAGGAACUCAGUAUAGUGCCAACCCACCUGUUACAAUUGAUGUACCAAUGACAGACAUGACAUCUGGCUUAAUAGGACACAGCCAGUUGACCACUAUUGAUCAAUCAGAACUGAGUUCUCAACUUGGUUUGAGUUUAGGGGGUGGCACUAUCUUGCCACCAGCCCAGUCACCUGAGGAUCGUCUUUCAACUACUCCUUCACCUACGAAUUCACUUCAUGAAGAUGGUGUUGAUGAUUUCCGGAGGCAACUUCCCAGCCAGAAGACAAUGGUAGUGGAAACAGGGAAAAAGCAAAAGGCUCCCAAGAAGAGAAAAAAGAAAGACCCUAAUGAACCUCAGAAGCCAGUCUCUGCAUAUGCAUUAUUCUUCCGUGAUACUCAGGCUGCCAUCAAGGGACAGAACCCCAAUGCCACCUUUGGUGAGGUGUCGAAGAUUGUGGCUUCCAUGUGGGACAGUCUUGGAGAAGAGCAAAAACAGGUGUACAAGCGGAAAACUGAAGCUGCCAAGAAAGAGUAUCUCAAGGCGCUAGCUGCUUAUAAAGACAACCAGGAGUGUCAGGCUACUGUGGAAACAGUGGAAUUAGAUCCCAUGCCACAGUCACAGACUCCUUCACCACCUCCUGUGACUACUGUGGACCCAGCAUCUCCAGCACCAGCCUCAACGGAGUCCCCUGCUUUGUCCCCUUGCAUUGUGGUUAAUUCCACACUCUCGUCUUACGUGGCAAACCAGGCAUCUUCUGGGGCUGGGGGUCAGCCCAACAUUACCAAGUUGAUCAUUACCAAACAGAUGUUGCCCUCUUCUAUUACCAUGUCUCAGGGAGGAAUGGUUACUGUUAUCCCAGCCACAGUGGUCACCUCCCGUGGGCUCCAACUAGGCCAAACAAGUACAGCUACUAUUCAGCCCAGUCAGCAGGCCCAGAUUGUCACUCGGUCAGUGUUGCAGGCAGCAGCAGCUGCUGCUGCUUCUAUGCAGUUGCCUCCACCCCGACUACAGCCUCCUCCAUUGCAACAGAUGCCUCAGCCCCCAACUCAACAGCAAGUCACCAUUCUGCAGCAACCUCCUCCACUUCAGGCCAUGCAACAACCUCCACCUCAGAAAGUUAGAAUCAACUUACAACAGCAGCCACCUCCUCUGCAGAGCAAGAUUGUGCCUCCACCCACUCUGAAAAUACAGACUACCCUGGUCCCCCCAACUGUAGAAAACAGUCCUGAGCAGCCUAUGAACAGCAGCCCUGAGGCCCACACAGUAGAAGCAACCUCUCCUGAGACAAUCUGUGAAAUGAUCACAGAUGUAGUUCCUGAGGUCGAGUCUCCUUCUCAGAUGGAUGUGGAACUGGUGAGUGGAUCCCCUGUGACACUGUCACCUCAGCCUCGAUGUGUGAGGUCUGGUUGUGAGAACCCUCCUGUUAUCAGUAAGGACUGGGACAACGAAUACUGCAGCAAUGAGUGUGUGGUGAAGCACUGCAGGGAUGUAUUCUUGGCCUGGGUGGCCUCUAGAAAUCCGAACUCUGUGGUGUUUGUGAAGUAGCCUUCCUCUUCUCCAAGCCUUGAAGAUUCAUCUGCCGGACACGAGUCCAAAAGCCUGUUUUUGAAACACAAGCUGGGCUUCUGGUAGUGCCUGACCUUUACCCGUGCCCCCACCUCCCUUUUCUUUCUUCAGGAGAGGCCAGACUAUGUAGCAGGGCCAGCGAGUUUACUGUAAUUUAGAAUUGCUUUUUAUUCUCAACUGUAAACAAAAUUACCAGGUUGAUAGCACAGGAAAGGGUGAUGGGAAUAUGGAAGCAAAUCAUAGGAGGUUAUUAGAAGAAAUGUGUCGGUAAAAUUGCCAGGGGACUUGCCUAAGAUGUUAUUGGGAGAGUGCUUAGCUUGCUCCUAGGAAGAAACAGCACUGGGAUGAGAGUGGUAAAAUACAUUGGUUUAAGUCCCAAAUUAAAGAGGAAUGGAAAUACUGAUUUAAAGAAAAAUAUACCCCCUUUGAAAGGGACUUGGUUAUGACUUAUCACAAAGGAAGCGGAGUUCAGUCUCCAGGCAGGAAGAUAAGGAGUUCUUGGCCCACCAGUGAGUUUAAGGGCAGUCUAGGAAAUAUGAGGUUAAAGUCUUGCAGAACAUGGUAGACUAUGCCUUUAAUCCCAGUAUUUUGGAGAAUAUCUGAGUUAAAAGCCAAUCUGAAUUUACAAAGUAGAUUUUGUCUCAAAAAACCAGGCUGGGUGUGGUGGCACGCUCCUUUAAUCCCAGAACUUGGGAGGCAAAAGGUGGGUUGGAUCUCUGAGCUUGAAGCUACUAGCUAGUGUUAUAUAGUGAGAUCCUGUCUUAAGGUCCCUGCCCCUGACCCACUGACCCCUCCCCCUCCUCUCUCACCUCUGUUUCUGUCUCAGCACACUGGGCUGGAGGAAAAUUACAUCAUCCAGGACUAUCUUCUUUUCCUCUACAAGUAUUAUUUCAGUCAAAACUUUCUUUGCCUGACUUGGUUACCAGUUUUGCAUGUAAGAAGCAGAACUCUAUAUACCCCUAAUGAGAGGUUUUACAAAGUAAAGAAGUUGUGUUUGGUGAAA